AUGGACCGCAGUCUUGACGAGAUCAUUGCCGAGGACACGCGUCCCAACGCUCGUCCUUCCGGAGGCGGCGGUGGCCGCCGUCGCAACAAUAACCCCGGCCGUCGCGACGAACGCGACGGCGUCAGAAAGCUGAUCUCGAUGUAUGUCUCCAACCAGCUCAAGUUCAACCCCCACACAAAAACAAGUUUAACAAUUUCGUCUUCUCAACAGGAUCUCUUCAGUCAAAUUGGACCCGUCUCCGACCUCACUCUUUCCUACGACCGCUCCGGCCGCUCAGAGGGAGUUGCUCACAUCACAUAUGCCCGUCUGAAGGACGCACACGCAUCAAUCCAGGAGUACGACGGAGCCAACGCCAAGGGCCAGCCCAUCCGCCUAUCUCUCAUCCCCGGCCGCCGUGACCGCAAUCCCCUCGACUCAGCCCACCACCCCCGACCCAGCCUAAUGGAUCGCAUCGAGCGCCCCCGCGCCGCCCGCAGCCUGAGCCCAGAUGACGCCGGUCGCCGCCGCCGCGGCGGCCGUGCUCACCGCAGCGACGUCACCAAGCCCGCCCCCGAAAACAUCGACCGUUACGUUCCCGGCCAGCGCUCUGCACGCUCCCCUCGCCGCAGUGGAGGUCGACGCGGUGGCCGCGACAACCGCUCCGCGCCUACUGAGUCCCGUCGCUCCAAUGCCCGUCCCCGCAAGACUCAAGAGGAACUCGACCAAGAGAUGGAGGAUUACUGGGGUGGUGCGAACGCGAAUGGCGACGAGGCCGCUCCCGCUGCCAGCGCUCCUCAACAGGCUGCUCCUGCUCCCAGUGCGCCUGUUGCUGACGAUGACGUUGACAUGAUUGAGUAA